CUCGCUUCUGUGGACGUCUUUUUCAAGGGUUCCAACCCUGUAAGAAUGGCCCGACCGCAAGCCAGCUUAUACGCAAGCCUGCAAUCGCUCUUCGCUUCGCGCACCCACGUGCACGACGCCACAGCCGCAUCCUCCAAAGGCGCAAGCGCAGCUGAGAGCGGCGGGGACUUUGUGGAAGUCGCGGUGACGCCGGAGGAGCUCCCGCCCGAGCUGAAGGAUGCGCUCAGCCGGACGCUGGCGCUGGUCGCCGGAACAACCAACGCUCGAGACACCAAGCGUAUCUUGCAGGACUAUUAUGCCAAGUUUGCCUUGUACGAAACCAACCUGCUCUGGUGUCCCCACAGCAUCAGCAUCGCCGCAUGGCUGGGUGCAGCACGCCUGCUCCUCAUGCCGUACAUUGAGGGAAUCCGAUGCCACCGUGUCGUACUCAGACGGGUAGCUGCUGCUGCUGCUGCUGGUGCUGCUGGUGUGUCCCAUGCAACACCCACCCAGCAGCAGCCACCCCAGCCGCCAGCCUCCCUCACGGGUCCGCAUGCGGCAGCUGCGGGCG